UUGCCAACAUGUCUCUCUUCUCGUUCUCGACACCUCUGGACAUCGAUAUCGUCCUCGACAAUGGCGACGAUCGACCCACCGUAGACGUCAAACUCGACAAGAACCGGCGCGAGAAGUGCCCACUAUACCUCGAUGGAGAGACACUCAAAGGUGCUGUCACGAUCCGACCGAAAGAUGGCAAGCGGCUAGAACACACGGGCAUCAAAGUUCAGUUCGUCGGCACAAUCGAAAUGUUCUUCGACCGUGGCACACAUCACGAAUUUCUCUCCCUCCAAACCGAGCUCGCGGCACCCGGAGAGCUGCAACAUCCCGUCACCCUACCCUUCACCUUCAAGAACGUCGAGAAGCCUUACGAGUCAUACCACGGAAUCAACGUCAAACUACGAUACUUCCUGCGAGUGACGGUGUCACGGCGAAUGGCAGAUGUGGUACGCGAGAAGGAUCUAUGGGUGUAUUCAUACCGCCAGCCACCGGAGAGCCAAAGCGUGAUCAAGAUGGAUGUCGGGAUUGAGGACUGCCUACACAUUGAGUUCGAGUACAGCAAGAGCAAGUACCACUUGAAGGACGUGAUUGUGGGGCGGAUCUACUUCCUGCUGGUACGGUUAAAGAUACGGCAUAUGGAGCUGUCGAUUAUACGGAGAGAAACGACAGGCGCGCCGCCCAAUCAAUACAACGAAUCGGAGACGUUAGUCCGGUUCGAGAUUAUGGAUGGGUCACCUUCGCGUGGAGAGACGAUACCGAUUCGAUUGUUCUUGGGUGGGUUUGAUCUGACACCGACGUUCCGCGAUGUCAACAAGAAGUACAGUACGAGGUACUAUCUGUCUUUGGUGUUGAUCGAUGAGGAUUCGAGGAGGUACUUCAAGCAGAGCGAGAUUGUGCUGUACCGGCAGGCACCGGAGAACAGCGAGCUUGCGCAGCGGCAGGCAAAGGAGAUCCAGGCCAGUUGA